CUCGCUCUGGGUAGAAAGGUUCUUCAUCGGGGUAUACCUAAUUUACACUAAAUUUGGUUGACAUAUUUAGAUUAAGGAAAGAUCUAAUCUCGGAGUGUUAAACGCUUUCUUUGUUAAGCUAUGGCUCUAAUCUUGCAUGCUAAGAAGACCCAUAAGAAUUCAUUCAAGACUCUCAUUGUCGCAGAGUACAGUGGUAUAGAUGUCAAACUUGCUGACAAUUUCGAGAUGGGUGUCUCAAAUAAAACACCUGAAUUUCUCAAGAUGACCCCUAUCGGGAAGGUUCCUGUGCUGGAAACACCUGAUGGCCCCAUUUUUGAAAGCAAUGCCAUCGCUCGAUAUGUUACUCGCUUGAAGGCUGAUAAUUCUCUGUAUGGUUCGUCUCUUUACGAACGUGCCCUUAUUGAACAGUGGAUUGAUUUUGCUUCACUGGAAAUUGAUGCUAAUAUCAUUUCUUGGAUUAUACCAAGGAUGGGGCGUGCUGUGUAUCUUCCCCCAGCCGAGGAUGCAACAAUUGCUGCGUUGAAGAGAGCAUUGGGUGCUCUAAACACUCAUCUCGCUUACAACACUUACCUGGUCGGACAUUCUGUGACCCUUGCUGAUAUUGUGAUGACAAUGAGCCUUUUUUUGGGUUUUACCCAUUUGAUGACCAAGAGUUUUAUCUCGGAAUUUCCUCAUGUCGAGAGGUACUACUGGACAAUGGUUAAUCAACCGAAUUUUAAAAAGAUUAUGGGCGAGGUCAAGCAGGCAGAAUCUGCAUUACCCAUUCCUUCUAAGAAGCCAUUGCAGCCAAAAGAAGCUAAACCAAAGGUCAAGGAUGAACCAAAGAAAGAAACCGAGAAGGAGCCUGCAAAGCCCAGAGCAGAGGCUGCGGAGGAGGAAGAGGCACCAAAGCCGAAACCUAAGAAUCCUCUCGAUUUGCUGCCUCCAAGUAAGAUGGUACUGGAUGACUGGAAGAGGCUGUACUCUAACACGAAGACAAACUUCCGUGAAGUCGCAAUCAAAGGAUUUUGGGACAUGUAUGAUCCUGAGGGAUACUCCCUUUGGUUCUGUGACUACAAGUACAAUGAGGAGAAUACAGUAUCAUUCGUCACUCUGAACAAAGUAGGCGGGUUCCUGCAAAGAAUGGAUUUGGCACGCAAGUAUGCAUUUGGGAAGAUACUGGUGAUAGGCUCCGAAGCGCCCUUCAAAGUCAAGGGACUCUGGCUUUUCCGUGGGCAGGAAAUCCCCCAAUUUGUGAUUGACGAGUGUUACGACAUGGAACUUUACGAGUGGAAGAAGGUCGACAUCUCGGACGAAGCCGAGAAAGAGCGCGUGAAUCAGAUGAUAGAGGACUACGAGCCAUUCGAGGGUGAACCGCUUUUGGAUGCCAAGUGCUUCAAGUGAUUUGCAUUUGCUGUUGAUUUCUUAAACUCGUGUUUCGGGCUUUGGCAUUUGCUCGGUGAAUGUAUGUUAACUACUUAUCUCAUAGUUGUAAUUCUAAUCCAUGUUUUAAUGUCACACGAG